UGUAGGCAAUGCAGCUUGAUCCUGAUGACGCAGUCUUGUUCUCAGACAGGAGCCUUUGUUGGCUUCACAUGGGCGACGGAAGAAAGGCUUUGCUAGAUGCUAAUAAAUGCAGAAAAAUGCGGCCUCACUGGCCAAAAGCUUGUCGCCAGCAGGGUGACGCUCUGAUGCUACUGAAGGACUACGAGGGCGCAAGUGAACGGUUCUUGGAUGGACUCAAAUUGGACCCAGUGGACACUGACAUCGAGGAUGCAUUACGGGAAGCUAUGAAGUCCUUGAAGACGUCUCAGAGCACAAAAGCCAGGUGACUAUUUGGGUGUCGCAGGGGAAUCAGUUGAAGACUUGAAACGGCUCAGGAGUUUCUUCAUUUGCGCAAAAACUGGUUUCCUUUAUUAGAAAGUAAAGCGAAGUGUCUGAUGGGAGUAUUACCGUUGCAUGUUUGUCUGACCAUGGCUGUUGAUUGAUGCAGUAAUGUCGGUGGAAGCUCGUCAGCUGCCAUCGAUCUAUCCUAUCUCAGGCUUGCGGGUCUUGUACGAAGCUCACUCGCCCGCCGCGCGCCGUGUGCCGCGUCCACCAAUAGAUCGCAGCCUUAGUAGAGGGAUAUGUUUUGUUGGUUUUCUUCGUCCUGUGGCUGCACAAGAAGAGGAGAGCUAGUAUA